GCUGGACAGGCAGCGGCUCACAUCGUGGAGCGCAGCGCCGGCGCGGUGCCGCAAGAGCGCAGCGCAAGGGCGCAGCCCGCGGCAGACACAGCGAGCCGCCCUGCGCUCCUGCAAUCCAGCCGGCUCCUACAUCCCAGCCACGGUUCCGCUGUGGGUCACCUAGGAUUAUUCGCUUCAAUCUCCAGACGCAGAGAAAGCACGCUGGGCGCCGGUGACCGCCGCUUCAGUUCCUCCUCCUCCUCCUCUUGUUCCUGGUCCCCCGGCAAGCGCGCAGCCGGGAGCCCGCCCCACGCCUCCCGGAGCCCUCCCCCCGCUGCUCCCAUGCGAGCGGGUGGGUCAUGAGCACAGUGCCCUCGCUUUCUGCCCUAAGAAGCAGUAAGCACAGCGGUGGAGGCGGCGGCGGUGCGGACCCAGCUUGGACCAACGGGCUCUCUGGAAAUAGCUCUGGCCCCGGCUCCUCGGCCGGCAGCACCAAGCCUUUUGUGCACGCCGUGCCCCCCUCCGACCCCCUGCGCCAGGCCAACCGUCUACCUAUUAAGGUGCUGAAGAUGCUGACGGCACGGACUGGCCACAUUUUGCACCCCGAGUACCUUCAGCCCCUACCUUCCACGCCGGUCAGCCCCAUAGAGCUCGAUGCCAAGAAGAGCCCGCUGGCGUUAUUGGCGCAGACAUGCUCACAGAUCGGAAAGCCUGACCCCUCGCCUUCCUCCAAACUUUCCUCAGUCGCCUCCAACGGGGGCGGCGCGGGCGGUGCCGGCGGCGGUGCCGGGGGCGACAAGGACGCCAAAUCGGGCCCCCUCAAGCUGAGUGACAUCGGUGUGGAGGACAAGUCGAGUUUCAAGCCGUACUCUAAGCCCGGUUCGGAUAAGAAGGAGCCGGGAGGAGGCGGAGGAGGAGGCGGCGGGGGCGGCGGGGGCGGCGGCGGGGGGGUUUCGGCGGAGAAGGCGGGAUUCCGAGUACCGAGCGCCACCUGCCAGCCGUUCACGCCCAGGACAGGCAGCCCGAGCUCCAGCGCCUCGGCCUGCUCGCCGGGAGGCAUGCUGCCGUCGGCUGGGGGCGGCCCGGAGGGCAAGGACGACAAGAAGGAUCCCGAUGCGGGUGGUAGCAGCGGCAGCAAGGGCACUGGGGGCACCUCGGCCGAAGGGGGUCCCACGGGACUGGCGCACGGCCGGAUUAGCUGUGGCGGCGGGAUUAAUGUGGAUGUGAACCAGCAUACGGACGGGGGCCCAGUGGGCAAGGCUCUAGGUUCGGACUGCGGCGGUUCUUCGGGCUCCAGCUCCGGCUCGGGCCCCAGCGCACCCACCUCCUCCUCGGUGCUGGGCUCUGGGUUGGUGGCACCCGUGUCUCCUUACAAGCCUGGCCAGACAGUGUUUCCUCUGCCUCCCGCAGGCAUGACCUACCCGGGCAGCCUGGCUGGGGCCUAUGCCGGUUACCCGCCCCAGUUCCUGCCGCACGGCGUGGCGCUCGACCCCACCAAGCCGGGCAGCUUAGUGGGGGCUCAGCUGGCGGCGGCUGCCGCUGGCUCUCUCGGCUGCAGUAAGCCGGCUGGCUCCAGCCCCUUGGCCGGCGCUUCGCCACCCUCAGUAAUGACAGCCAGUUUGUGCCGGGACCCGUACUGCCUCAGCUACCACUGUGCCAGCCACCUGGCAGGGGCGGCGGCCGCCAGUGCAUCCUGCGCUCACGAUCCGGCCGCUGCAGCCGCGGCCCUCAAGUCUGGAUACCCCCUGGUAUACCCUACUCACCCGCUGCACGGUGUGCACUCGUCGCUAACGGCCGCAGCUGCUGCGGGCGCCACACCGCCCUCCUUGGCCGGCCACCCUCUCUACCCCUACGGCUUCAUGCUUCCUAACGACCCGCUUCCCCACAUCUGCAACUGGGUGUCAGCCAAUGGGCCGUGCGACAAGCGCUUCGCCACUUCCGAAGAGCUGCUGAGCCACUUGCGGACGCACACGGCCUUCCCCGGGACAGACAAACUGCUGUCGGGCUACCCUAGCUCGUCGUCUCUGGCUAGCGCUGCCGCGGCCGCUAUGGCUUGCCAUAUGCAUAUCCCUACGUCGGGCGCGCCGGGCAGUCCUGGGACGCUGGCGCUUCGAAGCCCUCACCAUGCGCUGGGACUCAGCAGCAGAUACCAUCCCUACUCCAAGAGCCCGCUCCCCACGCCCGGCGCCCCGGUGCCAGUGCCCGCCGCCACCGGACCCUACUACUCCCCCUAUGCCCUCUACGGACAGAGACUGACCACUGCCUCAGCACUGGGCUAUCAGUGAAGGCUGGCUGGAGGGCUAACUAGGAGAGAAAGGAGUUUAAGAGAAAGGAGGAGCCGAGAGAGGGGAUGAAAUUCUGGGGAGGGGUGGGAACAAGGUCGAAGCUGCAGACACCCGUUCAUGAGGAAGACCCGGGUCAUGAAAAGAAAAGAAAAAAAUUAUAUACCUUUAUCUAUCCGAAAACAGUGAAUCAAGACCCGGUGGGAAACUCCCCUUUCCCCCCACCCCUUACCUCCCCACUCAAACUUUAUAAAAGUUGAAAACAAUAUCAUUUGACUUUUUAUAGGAAAAAAAAAAUUGAAAAAGUGUUCACCUUAGGACUGCGUCGGUGAACACUGGUAUUUAUUUAUGUUAGCUCCAAGCGGACCCGUGGUUCAAAAGUGCAUUAUUUAGUUUGAGCUCCGUAGGUAAAAAGGAAGAGGGAAAAAAUAUUGAAACUUUGAGGGUAAAGAUGUGGAAAACAAGCCCUCCCGUCCCUUGUAGAUUAUAAAUAAAAACAAAACCACCCCAGAACUAGAGGUCUUCUCUUUAAUGUUACUUUAAAAUUGCUAUGAUUGUAUUGUACCAUUCUUAUUUAAUGUCUAAUGAAACACAAAUUUACAUGCAUGUUUGUUACAAAAAAAAUGAAAAAAACAAAACAAAACAAGUCAAUUUGUCAGCUCUGAUUUCAAAUUGCAAUUAUUUUUAAGGUAUAUACCAUCGAAAGAGAAUGGGUAUUUUUUUGUAUGUAUUCUGGAAGAAAACAACAAAAAAAAAAAAAAAAAAGAAAAAACAAUUCUGUUCCAAAACCUCAUUUGCCUUAUUUUGUUCUUUAAAAGGAACACUUAACUCUUUUUAAUUUUUAAGUCCACCCGCUGAGAAGGGGACAAGUAAGGUUUACGUCAUGUACUAAAAUAAUGUAUCGCUUUAAAGAUUAAAAUUCCGUAUAUUUGAUGUAUUAAAA